GAUGAUUACAUAUCACGUUUUGCUUACAAGCCGAACCAUUUUUCUGAAACAUGAAAGUCUUUCGGGGAUUUGUUUCAGAACAGAACACAAAGAGAGAGAGAGAGAAGACAGAAUGAAGCACAGCGGUGGGAACCAAGCAUGCUUCGUCCUUGGUCAAAAGACCCCAAGCAUCCGAGAUCUCUACUCCUUGGGACACAAACUAGGUCAAGGACAGUUUGGGACCACUUACAUGUGCAGAGAGAUCUCAACAGGGCGUGAAUACGCGUGCAAGUCUAUAACAAAACGAAAGUUGAUUACAAAGGAAGAUGUAGAAGACGUGCGCAGGGAAAUUCAGAUCAUGCACCAUCUGGCUGGUUACAAGAACAUUGUCACCAUUAAAGGCGCUUACGAGGAUCCAUUGUAUGUUCACAUCGUCAUGGAGCUCUGCUCAGGUGGGGAACUUUUUGACAGAAUCAUCCAGAGAGGGCAUUACAGUGAGAGAAAAGCAGCUGAGUUGAUCAAGAUCAUUGUUGGUGUUGUUGAGGCUUGCCAUUCGCUUGGUGUCAUGCAUAGAGAUCUAAAACCAGAAAAUUUCUUGUUGGUGAAUAAGGACGACGACUUCUCACUCAAAGCCAUUGAUUUUGGGCUUUCCGUAUUCUUCAAACCAGGUCAAAUAUUCGAGGAUGUGGUUGGGAGUCCUUAUUACGUAGCUCCUGAGGUUCUGCUCAAGCACUAUGGACCAGAGGCUGAUGUGUGGACCGCAGGGGUCAUACUGUACAUAUUGGUGAGCGGAGUACCUCCCUUCUGGGCAGAAACACAGCAAGGGAUAUUUGAUGCAGUGCUCAAGGGACACAUUGACUUCGACUCCGAUCCUUGGCCCCUAAUAUCUGACUCUGCAAAAGACUUGAUCCGCAGCAUGCUCUGUUCACGGCCCUCGGAGCGUCUCACAGCUCAUCAAGUAUUGAGGCAUCCUUGGAUUUGUGAAAAUGGAGUUGCGCCAGACAGAGCACUCGAUCCUGCGGUGCUUUCUCGUCUUAAGCAGUUCUCUGCCAUGAAUAAACUUAAGCAGAUGGCUUUAAGAGUAAUAGCUGAGAGUCUCUCUGAAGAAGAAAUAGCUGGACUAAAAGAAAUGUUCAAAGCAAUGGACACCGAUAACAGUGGAGCCAUUACAUUUGACGAGCUAAAAGCUGGGUUGAGAAGAUAUGGUUCUACCCUCAAGGAUACUGAGAUCCGUGACCUAAUGGAGGCUGCAGAUAUUGACAAGAGUGGGACCAUAGACUAUGGUGAAUUCAUUGCUGCAACAAUCCAUCUGAACAAAUUAGAACGUGAGGAACAUCUCCUCUCAGCCUUCAGGUAUUUUGACAAAGAUGGGAGCGGCUACAUCACAAUCGACGAGCUACAGCAAGCGUGUGCUGAACAGGGGAUGAGCGAUGUCUUUCUUGAAGAUGUGAUCAAGGAAGUCGACCAAGACAAUGAUGGAAGGAUCGAUUACGGAGAGUUUGUAGCGAUGAUGCAGAAGGGCAUUGUAGGAAGAACAAUGAGGAAAAGCAUAAAUAUGAGCCUCAGGAACAAUGCCAUCUCUUAGUGGCUGGCUAAUAUAAGUGUAAUCUCAUGGUUAAUUUACAGAGCUGAGCCACGAGAUGCAAAAGCUGCAAAGCUCCGCGGAAAUAUGGUUUACGUUCAGUCAAAAAAAAAAAUAUGGUUUACGUAGUAUGGAUGAUCCUUCCUAGUAAUUGUAGAAACAACAAAGGCUAAAGUGUACUGAUUAUGAUGUAUUAACAGAUAUAUGAGAUCAUUGUAAUUUGACUCUUAUAUGCACACAUCCUAUAAAAAAGGAAUUACUGAUGAUGAUUAUACAUCUGAGAGAGAGCUGACUCGUCUCUCUUCCCAUUGUUACCACGUGCGCAAAGUAAAAGAGACUUCUCUCUCCUGAUUGAGUGUGGAAGCAUCAGAAAU